CUCCAAACCCAGUGAGAAACCUGAGGGUGGAAACUCAGACCAAUAGCUCCAUCAGUCUCAGGUGGGAUGUCCCUGAGGGCCACCCCUCCCAGGGCCGCACCUACUGGGCCCAGUGCAGUAGAGAAGGUGGUAAAACUGGGAUCCAGAGUACAAACUACACCAGUGUCACCGUGGAUGGACUGGAUCCUGGCUCUUCAUAUGAGUGUUCUGUGUGGGUGGAAAGACAUGGAGUCAACAGCACCAUCCAGACUGUAAAGACCUCCACAGCUCCAAACCCGGUGAGAGACCUGAGGGUGGAAACUCAGACCAACAGCUCCAUCAGUCUCAGGUGGGAUGUCCCUGAGGGCCACCCCUCCCAGGGCCUCACCUACUGGGCCCAGUGCAGUAGAGAAGGUGGCAAAAGUGGGAACCGGAACACAGCAGACACCUAUGUCACCAUGGAUGGACUGGAUCCUGGCUCUUCAUAUGAGUGUUCUGUGUGGAAAGUUGAGGACCAGGAACAACAUCUCAUGUCCCCUUCUGUCUCCAUUUCAGCUCCAAAUCCAGUGAGAAACCUGAGGGUGGAAACUCAGACCAAUAGCUCCAUCAGCCUGAGGUGGGAUGCCCCUGAGGGCCACCCCUCCCAGGGCCUCACCUACUGGGCCCAGUGCAGUAGAGAAGGUGGUAAAACUGGGAUCCAGAGUACAAACUACACCAGUGUCACCGUGGAUGGACUGGAUCCUGGCUCUUCAUAUGAGUGUUCUGUGUGGGUGGAAAGAGAUGGAGUCAACAGCACCAUCCAGACUAUAAAGACCUCCACAGCUCCAAACCCAGUGAGAGACCUGAGGGUGGAAACUCAGACCAACAGCUCCAUCAGUCUCAGGUGGGAUGUCCCUGAGGGCCACCCCUCCCAGGGCCUCACCUACUGGGCCCAGUGCAGUAGAGAAGGUGGUAAAACUGGGAUCCAGAGUACAAACUACACCAGUGUCACCGUGGAUGGACUGGAUCCUGGCUCUUCAUAUGAGUGUUCUGUGUGGGUGGAAAGAGAUGGAGUCAACAGCACCAUCCAGACUGUAAAGACCUCCACAGCUCCAAACCCGGUGAGAAACCUGAGGGUGGAAACUCAGACCAACAGCUCCAUCAGUCUCAGGUGGGAUGUCCCUGAGGGCCACCCCUCCCAGGGCCUCACCUACAGGAUUGAGUACAGUAGAGAAGGUGGCAAAAGUGGGAACCGGAACACAGCAGACACCAGUGUCACCGUGGAUGGACUGGAUCCUGGCUCUUCAUAUGAGUGUUCUGUGUGGGUGGAAAGACAUGGAGUCAACAGCACCAUCCAGACUCUAAAGACCUCCACAGUCCCAGCUGCUGUCGUGAGCAUGUCCUGCGUCAGCACCUCUGGGGGCUACGGGGUCUUCCUGAACUGGUCCUGCCCAUCUGGGGGUUAUGAGACCUUCGAGGUGGAGGAGGACAGACAAUGGAGCUCCGAGAAUGCAGAUUUGUGUGAGAAGGGCAUGUCUGUUAUAGACCUUGGACCAGCUCAGUCCUACACGGUCACCGUCACUACUGUCUCGAAUGGACUCAAGGCUCCUUCCAUCUCUGUGACCUGCUACACAGAUAGCACCGGGGUCAUUGUGGGAGCCAUCGUGGGCGUCCUCCUGUUUUUCAUCCUGGUGGGCCUCCUGAUUUUCUUCCUGAAGAGGAGAAGAAACAAGAGCCAGGAGAAGGAAGCACCCAAGGAUCUGGUGUUCCGCUUCCCAGGGGAUAUCCUAGCCAAAGACUUUGCUGACCAUGUCAGGGAGAACGAGAAGGACAGCAACUAUGGAUUCUCCCAGGAGUAUCAGCAAUUGAGUCUGGAGGGCCAAGGCCAGUCGCAGUCGGCAGCAUUGGCUCCAGAGAACACAUCCAAGAACCGCUACAAGAAUGUCCUGCCCUAUGGCUGGUCCCGGGUGCCCCUGAAGCCCCUCGGGGAGGAACCAGGCUCCGACUAUAUCAACGCUAGCUUCAUGCCUCCUGCCCAGGUGAAGUGUGAGCAUUACUGGCCUCUGGAUUCUCAACCCUGCACCUACGGGCAGUUGCAGGUGACCCUGUUGAAUGAGGAAGUGAAGGAGAGCUGGGCAGUGAGGGAUCUCCAGCUCUUCCAUGUGAAAGAACAGCAGUCUCUCUCUGUGCGCCAAUUCCACUACCUGGCCUGGCCAGAUCAUGGAGUUCCUUACUCCCCAGACCCCUUGUUGGCUUUCCAAAAGAUGCUUCGGCAGUGGUUGGACCAGACCAUGGAUGGAGGUCUUCCCAUUGUGCACUGCAGUGCUGGUGUGGGCCGGACGGGCACCUUCAUUGCGCUGGACGUCCUGCUCCGACGGCUGGACUGUGAGGGGCUGGUGGGUCCCCUCAGCUUCUUGAAGAAGAUGAGAGAGAGCCGGCCACUGAUGGUGCAGACAGAGGCCCAGUAUGUAUUCCUCCACCAGUGUAUCCUGAAAUCCCUCCAGAGUUCAUCUGGAAAGGAGGCAACCUAUGAGAAAGUGGCAAAUGUCGUCUACGAGAAUGUAGCUGCCAUCAGAGCCCACGAGUCUGAGGUCUCAGCUACUGGGUUCUGAGCCUACACACAGAAAUAUACUCAGGCUGGAUAUAGACUGCCUGCUGGAGCCCAGACACCUAGACCUCCAAGAGACCUGAGGAUUGGAGUCCCGGCCUCCCCAGCACACUGGAAAGCCAUCUCCUGUUGUUCAAAGACAGGAUGGGAUUGAUGUACUUGAACCAUGAGCCCUGUGGGAGCUGGGAGCCCGAGGACAGGGGUGACA